CUCAGCAUCUGGCGUAAUGCCGUGACAUCUGGGACACAGGUGGGUGGCACUGAAGAGACUGAACUGGGCCUUUGUAGGAAAGCUACCUUGCUGGAAGGUGGAGCUUGGCUGGUGUCCUGGCUCCUGGAUCUCUUGGUUCCUGUAGCUCACAUACAAGUGUGUCUUCAUUGCGUUUCCUUUUUCCUUCCCACAGGGUCCUUGGUAGCAGGCCAGGUGACACAGAGAGAAGUGCCGGAGAAUGGCCCGGUUGACCUGCCCUGUGAUGCAUAUUUGGCGCAGCGGGGAAAUCCCCGGAUCGAGUGGAAGUUUGAGAAGGACGAGACCGUGACGCUGCUCUACAGGGACUCUCAGUUCACAGAACCGUACAAAGGCUGCCUACAGUUCACACCCUCAUCGAUCCACUUCAGUUCGGUGACCCGGAAGGACACUGGGAAGUACAUCUGUGAGGUCCUGGGGGAGAGCGGUCAGCUCUCCAGGUCGGAGGUCAACCUCGUCGUCCAAGUGGCCCCCUCCCAGCCUGUGGCUUUCGUAGUGACCAUCGGCAACAAGGCUGAGCUGACGUGCAAGGAGUCGGAUGGCUCCCCGCCCCCCACCUUCCAGUGGUACAGGAACAACAUCCAGAUGCCCGUGAACCCCAACAUGAGCGAAGCCUUCAAGAACUCCUCCUACGAGCUCAACCCCAAGACAGGGCAGCUGAUGUUUGAUCCUGUGACCGGCUUUGACACGGGGGAUUACUACUGCGAGGCGCAGAACAACAUUGGGACCCCUCAGAAAUCGGACACCCAUCACUUGGAAGCUAGUAACAACAUCUCCUACGAAGACAUGAAGGCGCUGGGCGCUGGCGGGGGGGGGCCCGUCUUUGACGUGCGCUCUCCGGAGGAGGUGGCCAACGGGCACAUCGCCAACUCCAUUAAUAUCCCAGUGACAGAAAUCGAAGAAGCCCUGAAGAUGGAUCCUGAGACAUUUAAGAUGAAGUAUGCUGUGGACAAGCCCCAGGUGGAUGAGAAGAACUUCAUCUUCCUCUGCAAGGCGGGCCGGAGGUCGGCUUUCGCCGUAGAGAUCGCCAAGACCCUCGGCUAUACCAAUGCCCGUAGCUAUGGUGGCGGCUAUGACGAGUGGUCUGAGAAGGAAGGGAAGUGAGUGUGGCGGGGCUCGCCACGGCCAGUGACUUUGCUUUUUCACCUAAGUGCCAACACUGCACUACAGACUCUCCCUCCACUUCACUGCCACGUCGUCCUCCCCGGCUGCUUUUGCCCAGUGUUGCGGUGCACCUGUCUGGACAUCCUGCCUAAAACACCGGCCUUUGAAGCUGCUGCUCGGCUCUGAGCCUGGCCCUUCAGCCUGGAACCUGCUCUUGUUCAUUCUCUACCUGCAGCACGGCUGCCCUCUUAACCCCUGGUAUUUGUACCUUGGUGGGGGUCCUUCCUCUUCUCCCAGGUCUGUCCUGUUGGUGGGGAAAGAGGCUUCUUUAUAUGGCAAUGAAAUUGGAUGCUUUGCAACACCCAGCUGUGUUUUGUAGCCCCCUGUGAGGCGUGACCCGCUGGGAGAGAGGUGCUGGUGUGGAGUAUGGAGUCCAUCCAGGGGAACGAUCUGAAAAAAAGUCAUGAUUGUAGAUCCUAGAAAACAUGUGCGUCUCAUCCACAGAGAGCCAGCAAGCUAGGGCACCUCCUCAGUGAUCCCAGCAGGUUGUCAACCCUGUGCUUGCUGGGUGUGGGGUAAGGACGCUUGGGGUGUGUUCCUGGUCUGCUGGGGGGGAAGUCACUUCUUUGUUUCAAUUUCCACACGUGUAUAACGCUGACCUUUCUUUUCCUGGAUGUCUCUGGGAGAAGAUCCAGGCAUUGCUAUUCUCUGGCUGCUGUGUGGGUUUGAAGGCUGGAUUGGGUGUGCACUUGAUGCAGUGGUAAUAGAUGGGAGGGGCAGGACUGAAAUUAAGAGAUCUAGCACUGAAAUGAGGCAAUGCUGCAGCUGCACAAGGGUUGCAGAUCAGUGGAGAGAAAACCGGCUCCCCAGAAGGGCCACCCUCUGCCUUUUGUAGCAGAGAAGAGCAUACCCAGGCAUUGCCAGGCAUCUCGUGGGUGGCAGGCAGGUGCCAUGAGGCUUGGUAAGCAACUACUGUGGAGCUGCAGGCAGACACAACGUGCAGAUGCAAGAGCUGGGCUCCAGCAGCAGCAUAACAGGAUUCCAGCCUCUCCGAGGAGUCCCAUGGAUACCAUAUAUAGCACCUAGGGGCUGGCUUAGUCCAGGGACUGUGGUAGCUGGACUGUGGGGCAGUGCUAACGAGAGAAGCAGGACUGGUUUGU